CCUUACCGCCCUUUUAAGUGGAAUUAGAUUGAUUGCUUUUAGCGCGUCGCGUCUCGCCGCGCCAAAAGUCAAGAGGUGUUGACGCCGCAACAAAGAAGACAAACGAUGUCAAAGAAUCGGCCCCUCAUGUCGCAAUAGAACAAUUCCCGCACUUCGAUUGCAUCCUCAUGCUUGCUAGUCUUCACCAAGCCGGCAACACCGGUCGAACCCAAGUAUGCCUUCGUUAAGCACAAUCCGAAAACGUCGACAGCGGUCUGAGGAAGAUGAUGAGACCGAUGAAUCUACUUCCGCGUCAUCACCAAACCCCACUCCUCAAAGCAACAGCAAGCGACCGAGGAUUGAAGUAACGCAGGGUGAGCAAUCCGAAUCCGGCUCCGAUGUCGUCUCUGAACCCGACAACGAGAAUGAGGGGGAGAGGGAAGACUCCAUGGAUUCGAGCCAAGCCGACACUCAGGGUCCCGCUACACAGACUUCGAUUGUUCCAAAUGGCGUUAGGGAUCAAGCUGUACAGGAGGGCUACAAACCCGGUGCUAUUGUUCGCAUAAAGGUGACCGAUUUUGUCACAUACACCUCAGCAGAGUUCUUUCCUGGGCCAAAAUUGAACAUGGUGAUUGGGCCGAAUGGAACAGGGAAAAGUACACUUGUCUGUGCUAUUUGUCUUGGUCUAGGUUGGGGACCACAGCAUCUAGGACGUGCAAAAGAUACCGGCGAGUUUGUCAAACAUGGUUGCAGAGAGGCCACAAUCGAAAUUGAACUCGCUGGUGGUCCGAAAUUCUCGCGAAAUCCCGUUGUGACCCGAACCAUCAAACGAGAUGGCAACAAAAGCACAUUUACAUUAAACGGUAAACCGGCAAAUCGGAACCAAGUCCUGAGGCUUGCUCAGUCGUUCGCUAUCCAAGUCGAUAACCUCUGCCAAUUCCUUCCACAAGAUAAAGUAAGCGAGUUCGCUGCUCUUACGCCUAUUGAAUUGCUUAGUUCAACCCAACGGGCCGCGGCUGGCGCAGAGAUGGUGGAGUGGCACGAGAAUCUGAAGACUCUAAGAUCCGAGCAGAAGAGACUCCAAGCAGACAACCAGGGCGACAAAGAUCUACUGCAGAAUCUUGAAGAGCGACAAGAAAUGCAGAGGGCGGACGUCGAAAGGAUGCGCCAAAGAGCUUUGAUAAAAAAGAGAAUCGAACUGCUAGAAGAAUGCCGACCUAUUGUCUUGUACAAAACUAUGCAUAGGCAGUUUGAUCAACUGAAGCUAGAUAAAGAUAGCUGCCACCGCGAACUCGAAAUGCUCAAGGCUGAACUGGAGCCAGUCAUGAGAUCCGUGAAUGAGAAGCAGGAAUACUGUAUGCAACUGGAGGCCGCGAUAAAGCACAAGCAGCGAGGCGUCGACGCGGCCAACAAAGCAGCAACUGACAUCGGAAGGAAGGUUGAAGAGCACGAACAGAACAUGAAAGACCUUGAAUCUGAGAUCGAAGCCGAGAAGAAAAGCUCCACUGCCUUGAGGAAUGAGGCGCUCAAGAUCAAGCAAACAAUCAACAGACUAACUCGGCAACUGAACGAAGAGCCUGUGGAAUUCGACCCAGAUUGGUAUAACGAGCAGAUUAGAGAAAAACGAAGACAAGUACGAGAUAUCGAAGAUCAAGCGAGUGAGAUCAGAGGCCGUCGACGGCCCCUUCUAGAAGAGGUCAAGGAAAAAUCAGAUCGUCUUAAGGAAGUCGAACAACAACUGCAAGGCCUUGAUUCACAGUCUGGAAGACAAGAGAAGAAACUAUACGAUGCUUCCAAGGAUUCUUACAAGGCCUAUAAGUGGCUCCAGGACAACCAAGACAAAUUCGAAAAGGAAGUAUUUGGCCCGCCGAUCGUUACAUGCUCGAUCAAAGACCCCCGAUAUGCCGACCACGUGGAAUCGUUAUUGCAAAGAACAGACUUUAUAGCCUUCACGGUGCAAAGUCGAAACGAUUUCAGGACCUUGCAGAGACAUCUUAAUGGCGAACAAAAGCUCCACGAUAUAGCUAUCAGGACAUCUGUGGCUGCUCCGAGUAACCUUCGCUCUCCGCUACCAGAUAAUCAACUUCAAGAUCUGGGAUUCCAGGGAUGGGCUAAGGACUUUCUUCAAGGGCCAGAGCCUGUGCUUGCCGUACUAUGUGGCGAGAACCGGCUACAUCAGACCCCUAUUAGUCUUCGAGAUAUCUCCGAUGAAACAUACAGAAGCAUGGAAAACGGCCCAAUCAGUUCCUGGGUGUCUGGUAAGCAGGCUUACCAAAUCACUCGACGGCGAGAGUACGGUCCAUCAGCUACCUCUACGCGUGUGAGAUCAGUAAGACAAGCUAAGGUGUGGACGUCUCAGCCAGUGGAUGUAUCAGCCAAGGGAGCCCUUGAGCGAACCAUUCAAGCCCUGAGAGUCGAGAAGGAGGCUGCCGAGGAAAAAAUAGAAUCAGAGAAAGCCAAACUUACUCAGCUAGGUGAAGAUCACUCAGCCUGCGAGCGAGAGAGGCAAGCUCUCGAGAAAGAGAAGAAUGACAAACAGAACGCUCACACCAACUUCAGAGCCAUCCCGGAACUAAUUCGUCAACAAGAGGCGAAGAAGAGAACCAACGAUGCUCAAUUCGCUGAAAUGAGAGAGCGCGUUAUCAGAAUCCGCAACAAGCAGGAUCAACUGUCUCUCAAAAAAGCGGAAGCUACCAUUCAAUACGCGGAUGCUGUCGAGACUCUUCGCGCGCUUCAAGAGGAGGUGAUCAAGCUCAGUCUCUGGAAAAUAGAGGGAAUGUCGGAUGUGGAGAUCCUAAAAGCACACACGACUGAUCAUCGUGAGAGGCUUACUGCUAAAGAGGGUGAAUUAGCGCAGAAACUGGAAGAAGUCAAGGAGAUGGCGCAGACCCUCAGAAAGCUCUCUAAAGAAGCAGGAAAGACCGCAAGACGUGUCAGAGAGGAUCCGGAACUCGAAGCGAUACAGCAGGAGGUAUUCAGCCACACGGUGGAACAAUUGGAGGCAGAUAUCGACUCAGAAAAGGCGCGUCUUGAACUCACGCAUGGAGGUUCUAGCAACGUCAUUCAGGAGUUCGAGGAACGCGAUCGGCAAAUUGAACGACUACGCGGAAAACUCACAGACUUUGAGAAGAAACUCGAGGAUUACAACCAUGCCAUACACGAAAUCCGAGGCAAGUGGGAGCCAAAGCUCGAUGCUAUCAUUCAGAGCGUCAGCGAUGCGUUUUCCGACUCGUUCGCACGUAUUGGCUGCGCCGGUCAAGUCUCCCUAGACAAGGCAGGAGAGGAGCCAGGCCCGGAUGGUGAGCCCAGCGGUAACGACUUCGACCAGUGGUCUAUUCAGGUUCACGUCAAGUUCCGAGAACACGAAAGUCUCUCCCUCCUCGACUCCCACCGCCAGUCCGGUGGAGAGCGCGCCGUAAGCACAAUCUUCUACCUGAUGGCGCUCCAAUCUCUCUCGGCCUCGCCCUUUCGAGUCGUGGAUGAAAUCAACCAAGGUAUGGAUCCUCGCAACGAACGCAUGGUUCACGAGCGCCUAGUCGAUAUCGCCUGCGCCCCAAGCGGCGGCGACAGCGGCGGCGGACAAUACUUCCUAAUCACCCCCAAGCUCCUCAGCGGCCUCGUCUACAAGCCCGGAAUGCGAGUCCUUUGCAUCGUCAGCGGCGAACAUAUGCCCAAGGACCACAAUGAGAUCGACUUCGGUGCAGCCGUGCGUAAUAUGCGCGCUGUGACAGAACGGACGAAGCGCAUGGGACGAGCUAUCGACAGCUCGACUCCAAUGUCAAGCAUCGCCGCUUGAUGUCUCUCCUUCACCCAUCCCUUUUUCUCCAUUAAAUUCAAUCGACUUACCUGUUUAAUUCUCUUUCUCUUGGGGGACAGGUCAUGCGGGCUGGGUGUUCUUGCGCGGUAAAGACCUCAUUUUCUGAUGUUACGUUCAAUUCUUGCCUAUACUUGACUGUGAUACCUGAAGCAUUUUCUUUAUCUUCUUCUUUUUCUGUUUCUGUUUCUUGGAGUAUUCGAGGCGAGACGAGAUUAUGACUUUGAUAGAACAGCUAAAUGAACCGCUGGCCCCGUUUCUUGUAUACAUUUCUGAUAGGAAACUGCCCUGGGUCGCGCCUUCCUCGCUGUAUCCGCGCUGGGAAAGGAAGGAGCGAUCGAGCACAGUACUAUUGUGCCUUCCGCAUCUGGCCAAGAAAGAGCUUUGUCAGCCGCGCCAGAUACGUGUUGUGUAGUCGAGUAGAAACACGGAAUGAAGAUGAGGGACCUUAGAUGAGCUUUAUCUACUACAUACUACUAGGGCUAGGGCUAGGGCCAUUGGAAG